CCUGUCAGGUCAGGAUGCCACCAGUUUCGUGCCCGAUGGUGAGAUGAUAGGGGUUCCGAAGCCACUGAGUGCGUAGGCUUAUUAUCUGCUAAUAUCUAAGGCUGUGCUGAAUCUCAGAGUGGGCCACUGGCAACAUGAGCGACUCAGGAAGCUAUGGUGACGUCCCCAAGCCUAGUGCCAGAUCCAUCUAUGAGCAGAGGAAAAAAUAUUCCAGCGUCGUCAUGGCGGACGUCUCCCAGUAUGCUGUCAAUCACCUCGUGACUUUCUCCAUUGGGCAAGAGGAUGAUUUAAGGACUGUGGAGGAUACGAUAAGGAAACUGUCUGUUAUGGAUGCCCAAGGGAAGAUCUGGGCUCAGGAGAUGCUGCUUCAAGUCAAUGGAUCAGCCAUUAAACUCUUGGACGUAAACUCCAAGGAAGAGCUGGAGAACUAUGGAUUAGCAGCUGUGAUUCGUUGCGAGGCUGUCCGACCUGAGACACGUGCCCGGUCCCUGCUUCUGCUUGUGUGCCAGGAGCCCAGUCAGCUCAAACCAGAGGUCUACUUCUUUGAGUGUGACCAUGUUGGGGCUGAAUUGAUCCAGCAGGAUGUUAGCAGCGCUUUGACGGACUUCAAGUCUGGGGGUAACGCCCUGAGGAAAGAGGCACUCAGAGCUACCCAGAAAUGGCUGGGCAACCAGAGCAGAGAGUCUCUGUGCACUGCGGUUCAGCCCCCCAGGCCGGUGCCUUCCAGGACAAAAGUCAUCGCCCCCCUGUCCCCUAGACUGGAUCCAGAUGAAAAGCAGUCUAGUGGCCUUUCACCAACUCAACCCGAUCUGGCCCUCAUCCGUAUCGAGCAAGAUGUGGAGCUGCUGAAUCGGGUGUUUGACGAUAUAGAAGCCUUCAUGGGGAAGCUGCAGAAGUGUGCUGAAGCCUUCCGUGUGCUGGAUCAACGCAAGCGCUCCUCAAGGGGGCGCAGCCGAGAGCCAGGCGAGGGGCUCCUGACCCUCCGAGCUCGGCCCCCUCCUGAAGAAGAAUUUGCAGACACUCUGGCUAAGAUGAAAUAUUCCUUCAGCCUUCUGGCACGGCUCAGAUCAAACAUUAUGAACCCUUCCUCAGAGGAGCUGAUACAUUUUCUCUUUGGUCCCUUGAGGAUGGUGGUCGAGUCUUCUGGGGGACCAGAAUUUGCUUCUGAGUUACGCAGCCCCUUGCUGACCCUGGAGGCUGUGACCCUGUUGCGGAGCUGCUUGGGGGAACGGGAAGCUGAGCUGUGGCAUUCACUAGGUGAAAACUGGACCAAGGCAAGAGUGGACUUCCCCCGGGAAUAUGCAGCUUCCUACACCCCAACUUUCCAGAGUGGCUGGGAGCCACCCCACCUGGACGCUUACGGGCAGCCUUGGGAAGACGCAGUGGAGAUGCAGCACCGACACGAAGAGCGUCGUGCCCAGCAAUCAGCUCCCACAAUUGCAGCCAACGGACACAAGCACGUGAUCAAGAGAGUAAGCUGCACUUACGACUUUGUAGCCAGAAACAGCAAUGAGCUGUCAGUCCUUCAAGGAGAGGUGCUGGAGGUCCUGGAUGACAGCAGAAAAUGGUGGAAAGUUCAGAACCAGUACAGUCAAAUUGGCUAUGUGCCUUACAAUAUUGUUACUCCACUUCUGCCUGGAGAUGACAGCAACCCACAAGACCACAACAGAACUGUCCAAGUCAAUGGAACCAACUCUGCGAAAACACAAGCACCGAAAACUCCACCUCAGCCACCACCAAAGACCAGAACUCCAUUCCAAAAUGGCAGGCGCUGGGCUAGUGCCGAAGGGCUUAACGUGGAUCUGAGUGAUCGAGAGCGUUUCAGCAGCGUCAAUGAGGAGCUUGCCCUGAGACUGGCUAAUGGGACAUCUGGCCGUAGCAAAACACUUCAGAUCCAGCGUGCUCCAGAUACCAACGUGCCUUUAGGAUAUGACUCAGACCCUGCCCAGGUCCAAGCCUGGCUAGAGGCCAAAGGAUUCGACCCAUUGACUGUAAAGGCCUUGGGAGUUCUGAGUGGAGCUCAGCUCUUCUCCUUGCAAAAAGAAGAGUUCAAAGCCGUCAGCCCAGAGCAAGGAGCUCGAGUCUACAGCCAGGUUACUGUCCAGAGAGCCCUCCUGGAGGAUUCUGGGAAAAUAUCAGAGCUAGAGGCGGUGAUGGAGAAGCAGAAAAGGAAAGUAGAGGGCAUUUGAGACCUCCCCCAGGCUCCAGUGCAAGAGUGCCCUCGGCAGAAGCAAUGGGGAACUGUAGGAUAGCCGAUUCAGAAGAACAACAACACUACUAAACAGCACCAAUUUUUCACUCCAUGUCUACCAACAUCCAUUAAGCCCAAUGAUGUUGUUACAUUCAUAUUUACACAUAUGAGUUGCCUUUUACCAAGUCAGCUCAUUGGUCCUUAUAGCCCAGUAUCGUUUACUCUGACUGACAGUGACUCUCCAGAACAUCAGCUAAGAGAGGGAGAGGGACAUCUCCCAACACCUGCUACCUGAUAUCCUUUGACUGGAGACGCUGCAGAUUGAACUUAAAUCCUCAGCAAGUGACCUGCUGCUGAGCCACUGUUCACUACUUUCUCAGUUCUUCAGUUAAAUGUCAUGCCUGGCAAUUAUUGCAUAUGUUGCACUGCAUCAUGGAUUUUGUAGUUGUAUAUCUGCAUUAAAGUAAUCCUUGUGGCACAUAGGUAUUAGUUCAAGGUCACACUGCAUAAUAAUGUUUGUAGUCAUGGUUCCAUCUCCAUUUCCUAUCAGCAUCAGGUCGCAGCUACUGAUGAUAUUGCUAAGCAAGUCAUCCCUAUGCCUUGCUUUCUCUGCUUACCCUUGGUUGGAAAAAAAAUAAACAGAGUCACCAGUGAAAGUUUGUGUGCCAAACUCUUCCAUCCCAGGAAUAAUGUAUCCAUCCGCAGAGGAGAAAGAGGUGUAAAGCAUUGAACAAGAUCAUGCAACCAUCUUCAAAGGACAUGGUUCUGCCUUCCCCCUUUGGACACUGCUGAAUUUGCUAUCGAGCAAAACCACUUGUAGCCACUAGAUGGCAGACUCUAAUCGAAGCAAACGAAGAUGCUGUUAAAUAUUUCUGAGCAAAUGCCCUCUUUCCACUUCUGUGUGUAUUAAUACUUUGGCAGGUUUUUAAGAGACUGAAAACAUCCCAAUCAGUAUGCAUGUUUUUGAGAGAGAGACAGAGGAAGAGAAACUGAAUCAGCUGCUUUCCAGAGAGAUUCUUGUGCAAGAGAAUAUGGUAUUUCAUUUGGGGGUUGUUGUUUUUUAAACAAAACGUUUUGUGCCAGGUUCGAUCAUUUAUCUUGAACUAUGCCUUGCUAUUUCUCCAUUAUGGUGGGUUUGGAGGAGAGUUUAGGAAUUUAACUGGGAGGAUUCCCUCCCCCAACAUGUUUCACAAAACCUGUAGAAGAGCACUCUGAUUUGGAGUUUUUUGCAACUUUCCAACUUUUAACUGUUUCCCUCAUCCAGGUGUUUAGAAUGUUAAGAACAACUGAAUGUCCUCAGAUUGCUAACCCUUGAUUUGUGCCCUGAGAUUGGUGUUUUGGUGAGUUCUGGGACAAAAUACGUGUACCCUUCCCCCUGAAAUAUUUAUUUAAAAACCAUAUUUAUAUUAAUAUUGGCUGUCGUUGAUAUUUUGUAAAUGAUUUUUUUUUUGCUUUUUUCUGCUGUAUCGUAAUUCAGAUAGUACCCUUAAAAUGGGUCAUCUUGGGUUUGCACUCUGGGUCUCUUAAGGGGUGCAAACCCAUGAUGUAAAAAGGAACAGACUUUGUUAAUGGGGCUAGUCAACUUUAGUGGAGCAGUCUUUGCCUUUUAUUCACCCCUUCUUUUUCAAGGUGGCCCUCUGACAAAAUUAGUUGCUGGCCUAAACCAGUCAUUGGAAAGAGAAAAAGGAGAGCCAAGUCAAAUGUGGUCUGGCACUUGAAUGUAACUACAGAGGUAAUUUCUAGUCUUCAUGGCCUUUGUACAUAUGUUGCAGGCUUCAGAAAUCAUCUAAUGAUCAUGAAAAAGCUCAGUUUGUGUGUUUGAACACUUUACCUUAAUGAUAUUUAAAGGGAGCUUCGGGUAAUUCAGAGGUGGCAAAUGCCAGUAAGCCGAGUACCUGAAUCUCCUGCUAGACAGGGUGCCGCUUGAUCAUGUUGCUUGAUCAGAGUGUGUACAUUAUCAUUAAUCAAUGCUCGCAAAUGUAAUGGCUGAUUUAUUUUCAGUACUUCCUGAGAUGCCCUGAUGCCUGUCUUGUGCCAGAGGGGACAUGACGGGAGCACUGCAUAGCUGUCACUUGUAGUAGUUGGAGAAAUUAACUAUAUCAAACCAUGUAAAUAAAAAAUGAUGUAAACUUGA